UAUCGUUGCUCUCGUGUCUGUUGUUUCUGUAGAGAACCAUUGAUCGGUAGACUUUCAACAUGGCAUCCGAUGGACCGCCAGGGACCGAACCUAUGCCCUCCGACUUGGGGAGCUCUGUAGCGGCCCUGAAUACAUGGAGUAAUGCGGAGCUUGCAGCUAAGCUCGGCGAGCUAGGAGCACCCAACAUGGGUCCUCGAGAGGAGAUGCUGGACAGGCUGAAGGGGUACAUGAUGCAGACUGGGAUGAUACUCAGCAAGCCCAGCCUGGGAGGCGAUGACAAACCUAUGACCACGCAGAUGCCGGGGAUACCCCCGAUGCCUCCGAUGCCCAUGCCGCCCAUGCCCCCCGGGAUGGGCAUGCUCCAGGCCAUGAACAUGAUGGCCGGGGGGCCCCCGCCUCCGGGGAUGCACCUGGGCCUGGAGCCUCCCGGCAUGCCCCCCGGCCUCUCCCAGGAGGACCAGCUGAAGAUGGCACAGCAGCGGGCGGCCAUGAUGAUGCAGCACGAGGAGAGGGCCAAGCAGCAGGGGGACUCCCGUGCCAUGGAGGAGCAUAUGAAGGAACAGGAGCUUCUGGAGCAGCAGAAAAGGGCAGCGGUGAUGCUGGAGCAUGAGAGGCAGCAGCAGGAGAUGGCCAAGAUGCAGCACGCGGGACCGGGCCCCCGGAUGUCCGACCCAGGUUCUCGACCCCCCGGAGUGAUGCCCCCCAUGAUGAGAAAUCUGAAUUCUGGUGGAAUGAACCCACCCCCUCCCGGAAUGUCCAUGAUGCAGACACAGCGACAGAGAGUCCCCCCUCCACCAGGAGAGGACGCCAGAGAGGUGUGGCAAGGGGAGGAGGUGGGCGUGGGCCCUAAGAUCCCUCAGGCCCUGGAGAAGAUCCUCCAGUUGAAGGAGAUAAGACAGGAGCAGCUCAGCACCGCCCCCGCAGAAGAGGAGGAGGAGGAGGAGAGCACAGAGAUGGAGAUGAACAACUCCUCCGCUCCUGUCCUGUCUGAGGCUGAGGACGAUGAAAGCUAUCUCUCUAAGAAAGAUAAAAACCGAAAGCGCAGGAACCGGAAGAAGAAGAACAAAAAGAGGAGGGAGCAGGAGAAGAGGGAGCAGGCGGAGGAGAAGAAAGAGGAGGGCGGGGAGAAGGAGAAGGAGCCCGAGGUGGAGAUUGAGUACGUCACAGAGGAACCGGAGAUCUACAACCCCAACUUCAUCUUCUUCAAGAGGAUCUUUGAGGCUUUCAAGCUGACUGAUGACGUGAAGAAAGAGAAGGAGAAGGAGCCAGAGAAAGAGAAGGAGACUCCCACUGUGUUGAAGAAGAAGGGCUUCGAGGAGGAAAAGAAAGACAGUGACGACAGCGACGAUGAGAUCAGACCAGAUGUUCCCAAGCUGUCUAAGAAGAAGCUGAGGAGGAUGAACAGGUUAACUGUUGCUGAACUCAAACAGCUGGUGGCACGCCCAGACGUGGUGGAGAUGCACGAUGUGACGGCCCAGGAGCCCAAGCUCCUUGUGCACCUGAAGGCCACCAGGAACACUGUGCCCGUGCCCCGCCACUGGUGCUUCAAGAGGAAGUACCUCCAGGGCAAGAGGGGUAUUGAGAAGCCCCCGUUCGAGCUGCCGGAGUUCAUCAAGAGGACUGGCAUCCAGGAGAUGAGGGAGGCCCUGCAGGAGAAGGAAGACGCCAAGACAAUGAAGACCAAGAUGAGGGAGAAGGUCCGCCCCAAGAUGGGCAAGAUCGACAUCGACUACCAGAAGCUCCACGACGCCUUCUUCAAGUGGCAGAUGAAGCCCAAGCUGUCCAUCCACGGAGACCUGUAUUACGAGGGUAAAGAGUUUGAAACGAGGCUGAAGGAGAAGAAACCAGGGGAUCUGUCCGAUGAGUUGCGUAUCGCUCUGGGCAUGCCCGUCGGGCCGAACUCCCACAAGGUGCCCCCUCCCUGGCUGAUCGCCAUGCAGAGAUACGGCCCCCCUCCCUCCUAUCCCAACCUCAAGAUCCCCGGGCUCAACGCCCCUAUCCCUGAGAGCUGUUCGUUUGGCUACCACGCAGGCGGUUGGGGGAAGCCCCCCGUGGACGAGACGGGCAAGCCCCUGUACGGCGACGUGUUCGGGACCAACGCCGGGGACUUCCAGGCCAAGGCAGAGGAGGAGGAGGUGGACCGUACGCCGUGGGGUGAACUGGAGCCUUCGGACGAGGAGUCGUCUGAGGAAGAGGAGGAGGAGGAGAGCGACGAGGAGAAACCAGACGAAACCGGCUUCUUCACGCCGGCAGACAGCGGCCUAAUCACUCCCGGGGGCUUCUCGUCGGUGCCUGCCGGAAUGGAGACUCCUGAGCUGAUUGAGCUGAGGAAGAAGAAGAUCGAGGAGGCCAUGGAUGGGAAUGAGACUCCCCAGCUGUUCACGGUGCUGCCGGAGAGGAGGACCGGCGCCGUAGGGGCAGCCAUGAUGGCCUCCACACACAUCUAUGACGUCUCAGGGGCGAUGGCGGGUCGAAAGGCAGGCGGAGGCCAGGAGUCCCAGGGAGUGGAGGUGGCUCUCGCCCCAGAGGAGCUGGAGCUGGACCCCAUGGCCAUGACCCAGAAAUACGAGGAGCAUGUCCGGAACCAGGAGGCCCAGGUGGAGAAGGAGGACUUCAGCGACAUGGUGGCCGAGCACGCCGCGAAACAGAAGCAAAAGAAGAGGAAGGCCCAACCCCAAGACACACGAGGAGGUGCAAAGAAAUACAAAGAGUUCAAGUUUUAGACCAACGCGAGCCGCACAAGGACAGUAGGGGAAGUGCUGAGGCCAGGCAAAACGGGACGGCUCCAAAUUGAAUGCCAGACCAUCCGAAGCGUUUCACUUGCACCCAUUAUUACGGUCUCUUUCGAGUAAAGUGAAGUUGCCACUAGAUGUAUAUCUUUGCUCAGUUUUACAUUUCCACCACAGAUGGUAAAGAUUAGGUUUGAUGGAGAGGAAGCUGAUCUUAGAUUUGUACCUAGUGGAAACUUGACCCCAGAGCCCUGUUUUUGUGAUUUUAAUUUUUUUUAAUUGGCGAGAAGUGUCUGGGGCAGCCAUAAUCAACAUUUAAUGUGACCCUUCUAGCCUGUCUUAUGUGACUCCUGUUAUUCUUUUUCUUCAUGUAGUUCUAUUUCAUUUUUUUUGUAAAUAAAAGACUCAGUGUCAAUCCAGUUUA